GCUCUGCUUUUCUCCGAGCCCGAUCUCUCCCCACCACCACCACGACCUCCUCCUCCUUCUCUCCACCAUCACGAAGAGAUGAUGUUGCGACAUUUAAAUCAUGAUUGACCACGUCCUCCUCAUCAUUAUCCGAUGGAAUCCGAAAUGUACGAAGAAUUGGAGAGGGACUUGGAGAAGGGGUUGGUUUCAAGGCUCAACCUUAAACCCCUCUCCCUCCCCGAAACUUCGCCUAUACCACGGUCUCCUUCAGCUUCGGCGACAGCAACACCAACCCUGGUCUUAUCCAAUUCCGGGAAAGCGCUAGUUGUCUCGAAUUCUGGAAAGGCUCUGGUUUUGUCCAACUCUGGGAAGCGGAUUGAUCUGGCUGGUAAAAAGAAGUAUGUGAAGCAGGUGACUGGUCGCCACAAUGACACCGAGCUGCACUUGGCUGCACAGCGGGAUGAUUUGGAUGCCGUCAAGCAUAUUUUGGGUGAAAUUGAUGCCCAGAUGAUGGGAACACUCAGUGGGGCAGAUUUCGAUGCUGAAGUGGCACAGAUAAGGUCUGCAGUGGUCAAUGAGGUCAAUGAGUUGGGAGAGACCGCACUUUUUGCUGCAGCUGAGAAGGGGCACCUGGCUAUAGUAAAGGAGCUGCUGCAAUACUCAACUAAGGAGGGGAUUGGUAUGAAAAAUGCAUCUGGUUUUGAUCCGCUGCAUAUUGCUGCUAUUAAAGGUCACCAAGCAAUUGUCCAUCUGCUAUUGGAAUAUGACCCCCGGUUGAGCAAGACAAUUGGUCCAUCAAAUGCGACCCCCCUUGUAUCUGCAGCUGCGAGAGGGCAUAUAGCAGUAGUUAAUGAACUGCUGUCUAAAGACUGUAGUUUGCUAGAGAUUUCCAAAUCAAACGGCAAGAAUGCAUUGCACUUGUCAGCCCGCCAGGGGCAUGUUGACAUUGUAAAUGCGUUACUUGACAAGGAUCCACAGCUGGCAAGAAGAACUGAUAAGAAAGGACAAACUGCACUGCACAUGGCUGUAAAAGGGGUCAGCUGUGAAGUGGUGAAGUUGCUUCUUGAGGCAGAUGCAGCUAUAGUGAUGCUUCCAGAUAGAUUUGGAAAUACAGCUUUACAUGUUGCCACCCGGAAAAAGCGAGCUCAGAUUGUACAUGAGCUGCUUUGCCUCCCUGAUACAAAUGUAAAUGCGUUAACCAGAGACCAUAAAACGGCCCUAGAUAUAGCCGAGGGUCUCCCCCUCUCGGAGGAGAGUUCAGAGAUAAAAGAAUGCUUAAGUAGAUUUGGUGGUAUCAGAGCCAACGAACUGAAUCAACCACGAGAUGAGCUCAGAAGAACUGUUAGAGAGAUCAAGAAAGAUGUUCAUACACAGCUUGAACAGACACGCAAGACUAACAAGAAUGUGGAUGGAAUUGCAAAGGAGCUUCGAAAGCUUCAUCGGGUGGGAAUCAACAAUGCAACCAACUCAGUCACCGUGGUUGCUGUCCUCUUUGCAACAGUUGCUUUUGCAGCAAUUUUCACUGUUCCUGGUGGUGAUGAUGACAGUGGGAUGGCUGUUGUAGUCAGUACUCUAUCAUUUAAGGUUUUCUUCAUCUCGAAUGCUGUUGCUCUCUUCACUUCUUUGGCGGUUGUGGUAGUACAGAUCACUCUUGUCAGAGGAGAGACAAAAUCUGAGAGGAAGGUUGUCCACGUUAUCAACAAAUUGAUGUGGUUAGCCUCUGUAUGCACUACCGUGGCGUUUAUAUCCUCGUCAUACAUUGUCGUUGGUCGACAUAAUAAGUGGGCUGCUAUUCUUGUGACAAUUAUAGGUGGAAUAACAAUGGCUGGAGUUCUUGGUACAAUGACAUACUUCGUGUUGAAACAUAAACGAAUCCGAUCAGUGAGAAAGAAAGAGAAGUAUUCACGAAGUGGAACACGGUCGGACCAUCAUUCAGAAACUGAUUCAGAAGUAAAGCCCAUAUAUGCUAUCUGAUGUCAGUCUCUGAAACCAAAGCUGGAGCCAUCUUUUAUAAGGAUCAAGAGUUUUUCACUGUAAAUAUAGCAUGAGGAUGACAAAAUGCGACCAGAAAAACAAUGGCUUUCUUAUCAAGCACAAGGGUCUUCAUCUCCGGUAUUUCACUUCUUUUUGAUUGGUUGAAGGCACCAGAUGAGUAAGUGCUACGUUCGUUUCUAGACAUGCUUCCACUCACAGUAUAUUUUGGUUUCCCCGAGUGUAAUCAUGUUCUCAACUAACAACUAUGAAGAGCUUCCCGUUAGUGACUGGAAUGCAAAGACAAAUAUGUUAUUAAUAUACAAAGAGUCCAAUAUAUGAUUCAUAAUUAUGUUAAAGUACCCAUUCACCCACUUUCUGGCCUUUCCUGUGUUUUUCUAAAGAACGAAUCAUCCUCAGAUAUUUUUCAUUUUUUCUC